CGUCAUUGACAACGGAGCUGACAGUUACAGCAAUGGAAAUAUCAACGCUAUUUGUGAGGACAGUAACAAUAUUAUGAACCGCUGUACUGAAGUUUUGUUUUUGCUCGAAGCGAAGGAUCGGUGUCUUGCUUGGUAAUAAGGUCUGAACUUCAGUGACUCCCAAAAAUGCCAUAAAUGAUAGUUAUACGUUAAGUUACCCAUUCAUAUCUACCAGGUUUUACGCGAAAAUGAAUCAAGCAAAAACAGCUAAAGAAAGGGUUUGCUCUUCGAUAACACAAAAGAAGCUCUUAAAAGAAUACAAAAGGGUAACCUCUGGAAGCAGGAGAAAGGCCAAAGAUGUGAGAGUGUUGGCAGAGAGGAACCCGGCUGUGGCGCCUGUGGGUGUUUGGGUGGAGAGCGCCGACGAGAGUCAGGAGCAUCCCGCAGUAAACAGCAAGGAUCCUACCGCGGUCAACACACAGAAACGUACUGAGGACAUCGUUAAAGUGUAUGAGCCAGAUCCCACUGUUUCCUUCACAACUGACUACAGAGCAUCCCAAGUGCUUUGGCCUCAUGAGAAUCAGGAGGAGCUGAAGAGGCAGAGACAGUCUCAGUUCCUCAUGUAUCGACGCCACUUCAUGGACAUUGAGCGAGAGCAAGUGAAGGAGCACCAAAGGCACAGGAAACAUCUGAAUAGAACUGCAAGGAUUAAGAAUGAAAAAGAACAACUCAGGAAAGCAGAGGAGAAGGAGAUGGAGAGGCAGCGACAGCAGGAGGAAGAAAGAAAAGACAUGGCUGAGAGGGAGUAUUUGAUUUUGGAGCGAUUGAGGCUUGAGGAGGAGGAGGCAGCAGAGAAGGUACAGAGACGAGAGAAAACAAAGAGGAACAAAGAAAGCAAACGGUACAUUGAGGCCAUGCAGGCUCUAAUGAAAGAGAAGCUGGAGAAGGAUAAAACAGAACUGCCUCCUCUGUGCUGCUGUGGAGACUCGUUCUGGGACAGUCAUCCGGAUACCUGCGCCAACAACUGCAUCUUCUACAAGAAUCCAAAAGCGUAUGCUCAGGCUCUGCAGUCUGUCUUGCUAAGUUGUGAUCUGAAGGAAGGAGGCGUUGGACAUUAUUCGUCCACCUGGAAGGCGUCCUCUAUGGAUGUCCAUUUUCAAAGGAAGUGAUUGUAUUCCAUCUUUAGAGUCGUUAUUGAACAUGUUUUAAGACUGGGCAGCCUGGAGUGUUAUGUUGUAUUAAUGUAAUGAUUUCAUGGUGUGAUAUGUUUUUAUUGUUCUCAUAGAUGUUUUUAAAAUA